AUGGAGAACUUCACGACCGUGAAUGAGUUUCUCUUACUUGGACUGACCAGUGUUCAGGAGCUGCAGCCCUUCUUCUUUGUGAUUUUCCUAGUCCUUUACUUGAUAAGCUUGGUUGGAAAUGGAGCUAUAUUGGUGAUUGUUACUUUGGAGCCCAAACUCCACUCCCCUAUGUAUUUUUUCCUGGGAAACCUCUCUUGUCUGGAUAUCUGCUAUUCUUCAGUGACGCUGCCCAAGGUGUUAAUAACCCUCCUCUCCACUCGCAGGACCAUAUCUUUCCUAGGCUGCAUCACGCAGCUACACUUCUUCCACUUUCUGGGCUGCUCGGAGGCCACCUUGCUGGCUAUGAUGGCCUUUGACCGAUUCAUGGCCAUCUGCUACCCACUUCGCUACACUGUCAUCAUGAGCCCCCAGGUGUGCGUCCUCUUGGCAGCCGUGGCCUGGCUCACCAGCUUCUUUUAUGCUCUGAUGCAUUCUGUCAUGACCGCGCGCCUGAGCUUCUGCCAUUCUCUGAAACUCAAUCACUUCUUCUGCGAUGUGAAGCCCCUCCUGGAGCUGGCCUGUAGUAACACACUGCUCAAUCAGUGGCUUCUCACCAUUGUCACAGGCAGCAUUGCCAUGGGCGCUUUCUUCCUGACUCUUCUCUCCUAUCUCUAUGUCAUUGGCUUCCUUCUGUUCAAGCAUCGGUCCUACAGAAUGCUCCACAAGGCUCUGUCCACGUGUGCCUCCCACCUCAUGGUGGUGUGUCUUUUCUAUGGACCCGUGGGCUUCACAUACAUCCGUCCAGCCUCAGCCACCUCCAUGAUUCAGGACCGGAUGGUGGCUGUUAUCUACAGUGCAGUCACACCAGUGAUGAACCCACUGAUAUACACUCUUAGGAAUAAAGAAGUGAGGUGGGCCCUGAAGAAGAUCUUUGGGAGGAAGUUUUGCUGA